ACCGCGCCAGGCCAAUCUCGCACGGGCACCUAGUAUCGUAUAUCUUUCGUGCAUUCUAUUAAUUUACCUGCAGUUCCGUUCCGAAUAACACAAUUGGAUCAAUCAAAUCGGUUUGAUAUUGAACACUCGCUGGCCCAGCAGAACGAGGAGCGGACUAAAACGCUAGGUGCUCUGCUUACCUUCGAUGAGCAGCACGGUGCGACUUUCACUUUUUACAAUUCGCACAAGAAAAACCACAACGACAACAGCGACUAGAGACCAGCGACAGCAACAACAACAAAAGUAGCUGCAAAAGCAACAAAAAAGAGACGACGAAGAGCGAUGAGUGUGGAAAGUACCAGAGCGGACAACAUCAGGCCACAGCAGAGUGCAUCGAGAAUUGUUUAAAAUCGCUGGAUUGCACGGCAAAUGCCAAGCAAAAUAACAAUAACAAACCAGCACAACAGGGCCGCCCGCCUGUGUGGGUGUGGGUGUAUGCGUGUGUCCGUGUCCGUGUCAGUUCCAGCGAGAGUGCGAGUGUGUGUGUGAGUACGUUGAGUACUUUUUGUGGCCCCAAAACAUUUUGUGUGUGUACGUGGUUUGGAUUGGAUUCGCCAUCCGAACCGAACCGCCGAAUUGGGUCAGCGCAAUAAAAUCCACACCAUGGAGAGCAGGACCCAGAUGAAUCAGACGAACCAGCAGCAGCAGCAGCGGAAUCGCCUGCCCUCCUCGCCGAGUCCGCCAUUGAGUGUGAAUCUCAGCGGCGGCCCGAAUGCCAACACCACUUUAAUGGGUCUGGAGCAGGAUGCAGUGGCUCCGCCGCAGCUUGGUAGGAAUAAUAACAAUGGGGGAGGCGGACACCAUCGCAGCCAUAGCAUUACCAAUGCGGCGGCCACAUCCUUUGUGAAUCUCCUGGACGGGUUCACGGCCCGCGUUUCCACAGCAGUGAGCGUGGCAGGCGGCACCAGUGCCUCCAACAUGCUAAUGGACCGCAGCAGCCAGAGCGCCGCCAGCACGCCCGGAUCGACGCACUCCAUAGCCAGCCUGACCAGCAUGGGCUCGCUGGGCACCACGGCCAAUGCCCUGUACUCUUCCAUUGGCAGUGCGCUCAACUCCAUCACCUCACCCAUUCAGGCAGUGGCGGCGGCGGCCACGGCCACAACCACGGAGGUAGUUGUGGCCGCCGCCUCUGUGAUCACCAACCACCUCAGCUCACCCACCAGCGGCACUCCGCCCCAUGGACUGGACUCGGACGAGGGCGACCAUGAGUGCGACGAUUGCGAGGAGGAUGAGGACGACCCGGUGGACAACGACGGGCACAUUGCCGCACCCACGCCCAACAAAAGCUGGGCCGAAAACAAGCUGGUGGUGCAGGAGAUGCGCAAGAAGAUGUGCAACCUCUCAUCCAUGGUGCCCACUAAUGUGCAGUUCCGCCACCUGUCCGACGGCCGUGCCAGGUGCUACUUCCUGGGCACUCCGCCGCAGAGCUGGGAGACCACGCUGCUCUUUGCGGACAUCAAUCUGCUGCAAUCGGAGGAGCAGCAGCUGUUGGUGCAGCGCGUGGAGGCGAGUGGUGAGUCUGGAAUCGGCAGUCCCACACUCACUCACGCAGGAUCCCCCACGAGCAGCAGUAGUCAGCACACAGCCUUCCUCUUCAACUCCCUGCUCAGGCCUAGACUCCCAUGGAGCCCUCUGCUGCAACAGCCCAUUCAGAGCAGUGGCGGCAGCGGAGGCAGUGGAUCGGCCAGUCCAUAUGCCCGGGAGUUCCAGCUGCUGCAGGAGCGCAAGCGCCUCUCCACCUGGGGCAUCACCUGCUACGAACUGCACAAGCCAUCCGGCAAGCUGGUCUUUCCCUGCUUCAACGACCUGUACCAAUGCCUGGACACAGGAUACAAUUCUGGACUGCUGUUUCCCACGCAGCUACGCACCUGCCCGCAAUGGACGGCCCUCGAUCCGCAGAUUUGUCCGCAGAACUCCGACAUGAUAGCCUACAUCAGCGACUGCGAUCUGUUCGUCACCCACACGCUGAGUGGGCACGAAAAGCGGCUCACUUACACGUCUAGCGGGCGGCACUCGUAUGUAGACGAUGCGCUAAGCGCCGGAGUGCCCUCUUACGUGAUGCAGGAGGAGUUCAGCCGCUACCAGGGCUUCUGGUGGCAGCCACAUUCCAAUGACGGCAUCUACCGCAUUGUCUACGAGGAGGUGGACGAGUCGGAGGUAUCUGUGUACACGUUUCCCUCGUCAACGGCCGUGCACGGCCGCGUGGACGAGUAUCGCUUUCCGCGCACCGGCAGCCCCAACGCCAAGUCCAAACUCAAGCUCGUGCAGUUCGUACUGAACGAGGCACUGCAAGUCAGCGAGAUCGCGAUCAAGGAUCUGCCCUACUCCCUGCUGGCCGUCUUUAGCUGGCUGGAAUACAUUGUGCGUGUCGGUUGGACACCGGAUGCGAAAUACGUAUGGGUACAGGGCCUGGAUAGGAAGCAGCAGCGUUUGGAUGUAAUCCUCAUACCUCUGGAUAACUUCUGCGAGUCCUACAGCAGUCAGGUUUCUACGCCGACCGACUCCAUAGGCGACCACAGCUGGCGCAGUCUGUAUAGUCGCACAAUAACACCACUACAGGUUAUAUACACGGAGCGCUCUGAGAGCUGGAUCAACGUGCACGAUAUGCUGCAUUUCCUGGAGCUGACGGAAACGAACGUAACCUUUCUGUGGGCAUCGGAGGAGACGGGCUUCCGGCACCUCUACCUGGUCACCGCCAGCCUGUUGUUGAGCCAAGCAAAUGGCCAGGCGGACGCCGGAUCGGCUGCAGCCCAGCCCAGUUUCGUGGAACAAUCGGCGCUACAUCCACGCAUCCUCAAUAAGGUGGCCCUGACCACCGGAGAAUGGGAGGUGCUGGCCAGGAGCCUGUGGGUGGAUAAGGUCAACAAACUGGUGUACUUUGUGGGGCUGCGCGAUACGCCGCUGGAGAAGCACCUGUACGUUGUCAGUCUUGAGCGGCCCGAGCAAAUCCGCCUACUAACGGAGCCAGGAUACUCUUACCUCGUGGAGUUCGACGAUCAAUGCCAGUUGAUGCUGCUGGUUUACUGCAACAUCCAGCGGUUGCCCAGUUGCAAGGUGAUGCGCGUCAAUCAGACGUGCCAGAACGGCGGAGUCAAUGGCAUUCAAAUAUCUUUAGUGGGGUACCUUCACGAAGGCGGCAAGCCGGAGCCGCAGUACUGCCCACAAAUUUUCCGGCCACAGUUACCGUCGGGCGAUAUAGUUUAUGCCAUGGUCUUCAAGCCGCACAAUUUUGAACUAGGUGUCAAGUAUCCCACGGUGCUCAAUGUCUAUGGAGGACCCGAGGUUCAGACCGUCAACAACACAUUCAAGGGAAAACAUCAAUUGAGAAUGCAUAUGCUGGCCGCCCAGGGAUACUGCGUGAUCUGCAUUGACUCGCGAGGAUCGCGGCAUCGGGGCAAACGGUUCGAGAGCCACAUCCGCGGUCGCAUGGGCCAGGUGGAGCUGACUGACCAGGUGGACGCCCUGCGCAUCUUGGCCGACCAGCUGGGCUACAUAGACAUGGAUCGCGUGGCCAUUCAUGGAUGGUCUUACGGUGGCUAUCUGAGUCUGAUGGGUCUGGUUCAGUAUCCGAAAAUCUUCAAAGUGGCCAUUGCCGGAGCGCCAGUCACCAACUGGGAGUAUUACGACACGGGCUACACGGAGCGCUAUAUGGAUCUGCCGCAGAACAACGAGGCCGGCUACUCGGCCGGAUCGGUGCUCGAAUACGUGAACUCCUUUCCCGAAGAGGACAAACGCCUGCUACUCAUUCACGGCCUGAUCGACGAGAAUGUGCACUUCUGCCACACCUCCCGGCUGAUCAGUGCCCUGAACAAGGCCAACAAGCCCUACGAGGUGCAUCUGUUCCCCGAGGAGCGGCAUUCGUUGCGUAAUCUGGAAUCGAAUAAAAAUUACGAAACGAAAUUACUGUCGUUCUUGCAAAACUUAUGAGAUUUGUAAAUGUCGACGGCCGUAACAAGAUCGCUUGCUAAGGCAACAAAAUUAGACCCGCCCCUCGCCCCCUUUGCAAUAGUCUUUUUUACAUCAUUGUCUAUGUUUUAAUUUAAUUUUUUGUUGUUCGAAAACUUGUUUUUAUUAGAUAAAGAAAAUGAGAGCAAAAGAAA